AUGGAGAAGCGACUCCCGCCCUUGAUGCCGUCUCCCUCCACGGUCAUCCACCACAGAAGCGACGACAAGGUCAGCUUUGCCCGCCAAAAGCGUCGGCAGGUAGCCUCUGCCUGUCUGAAUUGUCGUAAACGUAAGGAGAAAUGUGACGACAAGAGACCAACAUGUGGUGCCUGUGCUCGCAGAGGCGUCACUUGCAACAAUGAGAGCAAGGACGACGAGUCAGCCAAUUGCAUAGCAUUAAGGCAUCGCAACAUGUCUCUAAGACAAGAAAACGAGCAACUUCGCGAUCUUUUCAAGUUGCUGCAUAAUUUGCCGACUGAGGAAGGACAAGAAGUCAUUGCAAGGUUGAAAGUUGCCGACGACCCUAUUCAGGUGCUGAGGGCCGUUCAGGAGGCCACCUUGUUGAUAAACAAUCCAAAUUCAAGGUCGUACUCCGCUCUUAUGGACUCGAGGCUGGAAAGAUUGGACCUUCUUGCCUUACGGGAGAACGCAAUUCGCGUGGAUGCGAAACCAUGGACUGCAGUCGCGAGUGACGGUAUAGUGUCGGAGCUGGUUUCGUCGUUCUUCAACUGGGAAAACAGUUUUUAUGUGCCGAUUAUCGACAGAGAUGCAUUUUUGGAGGAGAUGCGGUCAGGGAAUCCCGCAACAGCCAAGUAUUGCACCCCUUUUCUUGUCAAUGCCAUUUGUGCGGACCGAUGUUAUACUUCUCGCAGAACAAGGGCCUUCAGUGGUGUAAGCAAAAAGGACUUAGGCGAUGAGUUUUACAAUGAAGCCAAAAAGCUGCUUCACCUUGAAAAUGGUCGAGUGUCUGUUCCGACAGUUCAAGGGCUUGCAUUGUUGUUCGCUGUAGCUUGCUAUCGAGGUACUGACAAACUUGGUCAGAUAUAUCGAUUGGCGGCCUAUGACAUGUUUCAUAGACUCGAUGUCGAUGCUAUGCAUGAACAAGCCAAAGAUGACCCCCUGAAAGCCCGUGAUCGGUCGGUUUUAUGCCGUCUAGCUUGGGGGCUUUUUAUCUAUGAGAGUAUUGUUGGAUACAUCUAUUUUCAAAAAUCUUCCCUUCCACCACCAAAACUUCCACGCUGUUUUGAGCCCCCGCCUUCUGCAAAUGACGGGCCAGCACCCAAUGUUGACCUCUUUGGCAACCUCCACACCAAUGAGAGCAAGUCGCCUCCUUUGAUUAGAGGCGCUCUAUAUCUGGCUUGCGACAUAACGGUCAUGCUUUAUGAAUCAAUGGAAUGGAACGAGACAGCCGAAGACAAAGGAAUAGUGGGCAGUGAGGAAGAUCUGGAGAAGCGACGAGAGAAGAUGGCCGAAGUACGACAAUGGAGGGCGAACUUGCCUCCAAACUUGCGAGACGAUACCAACUUUACACCACAGACGUGUUACCUACGGGCAUACAUGAAUGAGGUCCUCUUUAGCAUCCUCAAACCACUACCUGCAAACACCGAGGUUGAACCUGGUUGGACUGUCAAAGCGCUUCAACUCAACUUUUGCAAGAUAGACAUCGACAAUAUGGAGCGCUUCGUGCAAGUGUACACACUCCGCGACUACGCGUGUAUCAACAUUUGUGGUGCCUAUAAUUCCAUCCUGAUCCUAGUUCAGUACCUGGCAGAUCCCACCGUGCACCAAAUGUUCGCCAAAGCGGCCUAUCUCAUAGGGGAGACUGGUGGGGAUUUCCCCAUGUGCCGGUUUAUUCUGCUGGCCAUCAGGGCAAUGGCAUGGCAAGCAAAAAAUGCACUACCUGCAAAUGCCAAGGCCUAUUUUGCCAACUUGGACGAGGGGAAGAACUACAGGGACAUCAGCUUUGGAAUCCCGGAGGAAGACAAGAAGAAAAUGGUGGCGCAACGAGGCGAACCAAGGCCGACUCAUAAAGGGGAUGAUAUGGGCACCUUGCUGUUCAGAUGGAGUGCCAUGUCUAUCGAAUAG